UUAUUUUUUAUUUUUUAUUUCAAUCUUAUUAUUAUAUUUGGAAUUUGUAAACAAUUUCUCUCCUUUCUGCUUUCUCUUUCUCUUUCUCUCUCCUCCACACCCAUCUGCAGGGCUGGCUGAUCUCAGAAGCUCUGUAUUGUUACUGGGUUGUCGGAGAAUUGUAGAAUUUACAUUCCCAGAAUUCAAAGUUUUAUUCUUGGAGAAGAUUUUUCAUUGAAUUUUGAGGAAUUUUAUUUAGGAGAUUUUAUUAAAAGAAAGGAGGGAAAAAAGAAAAAAGGGGGGUUCUUCAAAACAAAAACAAAAAAGGGGGAAAAAUUCAAAUAUGGGUAAUGAAGAAUCAAGAACUGGUAAAAAUAAUGGAGGAAUUGAAACUCCGGUGGUGUUAAAUGUGUAUGAUCUUACCCCUCUUAAUCAUUACACCUAUUGGUUUGGUUUUGGAAUUUUUCAUUCGGGCAUUGAAGUCCAUGGCAUGGAGUAUGGAUUUGGAGCCCAUGAUUUCCCAGCUAGUGGGGUUUUUGAAGUGGAACCAAGGUGCUGUCCAGGUUUUAUUUAUAGAUCUUCUAUCUCACUAGGUCGGACAAGUAUGUCCCAAUCAGAGUUCCGGACUUUCAUUGAGAGAAUCGCCUCUGAGUAUCAUGGAGAUACUUAUCAUCUCAUCACCAAAAACUGCAACCAUUUCACAGAUGACAUUGCCUCUAGAUUGACUGACAACAGAAUCCCUGGAUGGGUCAACCGUCUUGCCCGAGCUGGUAACGUAUGUAGCUGCCUGCUUCCUGAAAGCCUGCAAGUAACAACUGUUAAACAGUUGCCUGAGUACCAUGAAUGCUUAGAAGAUGGAACGGAGUCCUCCUCGGUAGACAGUCCUCAUGAACACACUGAAAGUGAAGAUACUGAUCAAGAUAAGGUUCUGCUGCUAUCACCAAAACCCGGAUAUGCUGAUGUUGCCUUCAUUAGGGAAGUAGAAGAACAUAGGUGAAAUAGUUCAGUUAGCUUCUUCUUAGAAGGCCGCUUCUCGCUCUUGCUAGCGCAGAGACCUCUAUUUGAGGAGCUCAUGUAGUCCCUCCAUUUUCGUUGUUUCCUGAAAUUAUCAUCCUCUCUUUUUUGUAUAUUUUUGGCCUCUUAUCUUCUUAUUGGAAUUAGUGAAUUGUAUCAUUAUUUCUGAUUGUUAGUGCUUUUGCCAAAAACUGAGGCUGGGCAACAGAUGGUGAAAUUGUAAUAUAUUGCUUUGAGGGCUUUCUGAACUUUCUGCCCUCUUGUGA